AUGGAGCACACCUUGACCUGUGUGCUUGUGCUGCUGUCGACCGCAGACUCGGUCAACCUCACCUUCCACACGCCCGGCACGUUCACUUCGGCCAUCCGCAACAGCCAGCAGCUCGUCGUGCACCAGCGGCUGACCGUGCCGCCCAGCAUCGUCGACCAGUCGGUGGAGAAGGCGCUGACCAGCUGCUGCUGCUUUGGCCAGGGCACCAUCUCGGCGCACGUGCGGCUGGAGCGGGACAAGGCGCAGCCUGGGGAGGAGGUGCAGGUGGUGGUGGAGGUGGACAACCGCUCCAAGCAGGCGGUGCGCAAGAUCGAGGUGUGCCUGAAGCAGGAGGCAGAGGGGCGAGACAUGGUGGGCCGCCACAACAGCCGCCGCCGCUGGCACAGGGAGCACAGCAAGGCAGACCAUCCAGGCCUGCAGCCCUUCACCAUGCUGCAGGGCGGGCUGGCCAGGCGGCUGGCGCUGCGGCUGCCGUCGGCGCUGCCGCCCAGCAUGCGCGGCUCCCUCAUCACCUGCGACUACUUUGUCAAGGUCUCCCUCAAGUUCUCGGGCAUGGUGCGGGAGCUGAAGAUGAAGGUGCCCAUCAUCGUGGCCGCCCCGCAGCCCAUCCCCACGACCGAGGAGCCCUUCUACAGGGAGGUGCCUCCCUUCUGGAGCCCCUCGGUGGUGGCCAGCGGUGUGGAGGCCAUCAACGUCCCCUCGGCGCCGCCGCUGCCGCAGGAGCUGCUGCAGCCAGACGGGCCCUUCUGGUCGAGGGCCAGGAGCAACGCCAGCAGCGACUCGCUGUCGGCGCCGCUGCUGGGGGGACCCGCAUACUCUGUUGUGUGA